UUAACCAAAUUCCAUUCACCAAACUCCACUGAUCCCAUCGCUUUCCCCUUCCAAAACCACAAUUUUGCAUCCCUAAUUAAAAACAAAAAAUAAAAAAAAUCCUUUCUUCUUCUUUAAAGUACCUUCCUCCUGUCAUCCCAUUUACAGCGUCAAGUGACUCAUUCAGUUCUUCAGUGGGUGCUAGUGGUGGUGGCGGCGGUGGCAUACACUCGAAACUACUGGCAUUAUUGCUGUAUGUCAGUGGAAUAUUACACUGGAAUUUACUACGCUGAGCUCGCUAACCCUCUCCAAUGGCCACAGCUCAGGAACAAACGACGCCAUGUUGCGCCACCGGAACGAACAAACCGUCUUCUUCUGCGUCGCUCCAACCACAAAAACAACCAUCACAACAGCAAGAACAACGGCCCUCCGUUGCCACCUUCAUUCCCGCCAUCGAUUCUCCUCCCAAAACCGCUUCUGCCAAAGGUAUCACAGUCAUGGUGAAAGCUCAGACCAGCCAUCCUCUGGAUCCACUAUCUGCUGCUGAAAUAUCAGUAGCUGUAGCAACCGUUCGAGCAGCUGGGGCAACACCUGAGGUGAGGGAUGGCAUGCGCUUUAUUGAAGUAGACCUGGUAGAACCAGAAAAGCAAGUUGUUGCAUUAGCAGAUGCAUAUUUCUUCCCUCCUUUUCAACCAUCACUGCUCCCCAGGACAAAAGGUGGACCUGUGAUUCCAACUAAACUUCCUCCAAGGAAAGCAAGACUAGUUGUUUACAAUAAAAAGUCAAAUGAGACAAGCAUAUGGAUUGUUGAGCUUAGAGAAGUUCAUGCAGCAACUCGAGGUGGACACCAUAGGGGCAAAGUUGUUUCAUCUACAGUUGUUCCAGAUGUUCAGCCUCCAAUGGAUGCUGUGGAGUAUGCUGAGUGUGAAGCUAUUGUGAAGGACUUUCCACCAUUUCGUGAAGCAAUGAAGAAGAGAGGCAUUGAAGAUAUGGAUCUCGUGAUGGUGGAUCCCUGGUGUGCUGGAUACCACAGCGAAGCUGAUGCUCCUAGCCGAAGACUUGCUAAACCACUAAUCUUUUGUAGAACUGAAAGCGACUGCCCCAUGGAGAAUGGCUAUGCCCGUCCAGUAGAGGGAAUUCAUGUACUUGUUGACAUGCAAAAUAUGGUUGUUCUUGAAUUUGAAGACCGUAAACUUGUUCCCCUUCCACCUGCUGAUCCACUAAGAAAUUAUACUUCUGGUGAAACCCGGGGAGGAGUUGACAGAAGUGAUGUAAAACCCUUACAGAUUAUUCAGCCUGAAGGUCCAAGUUUUCGUGUUAAUGGACACUUCAUUGAAUGGCAGAAGUGGAAUUUUCGUAUUGGAUUCACUCCUAGGGAAGGGUUGGUUAUUCAUUCAGUAGCCUAUAUUGAUGGAAGUCGAGGACGAAGACCAGUGGCCCACAGAUUGAGCUUUGUUGAGAUGGUGGUCCCGUAUGGAGAUCCUAAUGAUCCUCACUAUAGGAAAAAUGCUUUUGAUGCUGGGGAAGAUGGCCUGGGGAAAAAUGCUCAUUCUCUCAAGAAGGGCUGUGAUUGUUUAGGCUAUAUCAAAUACUUUGAUGCACACUUCACUAACUUCUAUGGAGGUGUUGAAACUAUCGAGAACUGUGUAUGCUUGCAUGAGGAAGAUCAUGGUAUUUUAUGGAAGCAUCAAGAUUGGAGAACAGGUUUGGCUGAAGUUCGAAGGUCUAGAAGGCUGACAGUGUCUUUUAUAUGCACCGUGGCUAACUAUGAGUAUGGAUUUUUCUGGCACUUUUAUCAGGAUGGAAAAAUAGAAGCAGAGGUCAAGCUCACAGGAAUUCUCAGCUUAGGAGCAUUACAACCAGGUGAAACACGAAAAUAUGGCACAACUAUUGCACCUGGACUGUAUGCGCCUGUCCACCAACAUUUUUUUGUUGCCCGUAUGGACAUGGCAGUAGAUUGCAAACCUGGCGAAGCAUUUAAUCAGGUUGUUGAGAUGAAUGUCAAAGUUGAAGAGCCAGGGGACAAUAAUAUUCAUAACAAUGCAUUUUAUGCUCAGGAAAAACUGCUUAAAUCAGAAUUGGAAGCAAUGCGUGACUGUGAUCCUUUAUCCGCCCGUCACUGGAUUGUUAGGAACACAAGGACUGUAAACCGAACUGGGCAUCUAACUGGUUACAAGCUAGUACCUGGCUCAAAUUGUUUACCUUUAGCUGGCUCAGAGGCCAAGUUUUUGAGAAGAGCAGCUUUCUUGAAACACAACCUUUGGGUUACUCCUUAUGCACGAGAUGAAAUGCAUCCUGGCGGAGAGUUCCCUAAUCAAAAUCCACGCGUUGGAGAGGGUUUGGCUACUUGGGUUAAGCAAAACCGAUCACUGGAGGAAGCUGAUAUAGUUCUUUGGUACGUAUUUGGAGUGACACACAUUCCUCGAUUGGAAGACUGGCCUGUUAUGCCCGUGGAACGCAUUGGUUUCAUGCUUAUGCCGCAUGGUUUUUUCAAUUGCUCGCCAGCAAUAGAUGUUCCACCAAACCCAGGUGAUUUGGAUGAUAAGGAGAACAAUGGCUUGCCUGCCAAGCCUAUUCAAAAUGGGCUAAUUGCCAAGCUUUGAAAGGAUUGAAAAUCUAGACAAUCCGGCUCUCCCUCUGUACGUUAUGUUCAAAUAAGUCAAUGUUAAAUACAACAGUUUGUAAUGGUGUGGUGUUCAACCUGGCUGGAUAUUUAAGAAACGGCUAUUAUUGUAUGUAUAAUUAAAAUGUAUCUUUGUUGUUGCAUGGUAGAUGCAAGGCUGGAUAUUUAAGAAACGGUUAUUAUUGUAUGUAUAAUUAAAAUGUAUUUUUGUUGUUGCA